ACACAAAGACCACCUCUACCUCCGGUACCCUCUCCUCCUCCGGUGCCCCCUCGACAUCCCCGGGUAUCCCGUGCACGGGUACCACCUCCAGCUCCAGCUCCAGUACCCUAUCCUCCUCCGGUGCCCCCUCGACAUCCCCGGGUAUCCCGUGCACGGGUACCACCUCCAGCUCCAGUACCCUAUCCUCCUCAAGUACCCCCUCGGCAUCCCCGGGUAUCCCCUGCACGGGUACGACCUCCACCUCCACCUCCGAUGCCCCCUCGACGACCUCGGGUAUCCCCUGCACGGGCACCCCCACCUCCGAUACCACCUCCACCUCCAUCUCCGGUACCCUCUCCUCCUCGGGUACCCCCUCCACCUCGCUCCUCUAUCCCCAUCGUGUUAUCUAAAAACGAACCAAAUGCAGCAACUGAUGGCCACGAUGAGUCAACAUACCCCAUCUGA